AUGAAUUUUGAAUAUCAACAACGUGUCCCACUUACUGCUUCAAAUAGACGACGUCGUGAAUUGGAUGUUGACCAUAAACGGGGACAAGGGCGUGGGCGAGGACGAGGUCGAGGUCGUGGUCAAGGUCGUGAUCCAAUUUCGGUAGAAUAUGAUAUCCCCAGUGCCAGUCAAAGUCGAAGCCGAAGCCGAAGCCAAAGACGAGUUCCAAACUAUGAUAUGCAUGACAUUGCUGUGAAGGACGCCUCUUUACCCGAUUCUCCUACUGUCCAGGAAAAGUACCUUACUCAUGCUUUUCCAGGUGGACCGACUGAUCCAUCAAUACUGCGGAGUUUCAAUAGUCAUGUCACUACAGCUAUUUGGCACGGGGAGGAACGAGGGCCCCUAAAGUGUCAUAAUCAUUCUUCGAAGAUCCUUGCAUGGCCAUGGUGGUCAGUAGACAACAACACCAGAUUCAAAGCCAUUAUUGAGCAGUCUAGGCUGUCACAGUUAGUUCGUUGCACUUAUCAGUUUGUCAAUAAGCUUCUAAUCUCCAGCAGAUCAGUCGGCGUACCAGAUGUGACGGAUCAUCAUGGAGUUACACUACUAGUUUCUGGCUUGGGGAUUACUGAACGUGUAGCAUAUGAAGAGAUUUCUACUGCUGGUGGCAAUUCAGUCAGGCUUGAGUGGUUGCGAAGUCAGUUUGCUGGUGUCACAGAUUCAGACCCCGAGGAGGCUAUGCAGUGCGCUGCUAAAGCUUAUUUGUUGUUUCUGUUGGGAUGUACACUAUUCAGUGACAAGAGUGGCGGUAGGGUUCCUAUUGUUUACCUUGGCUUAUUAAUGGAUUUGGGAUCCAUUCAUGCUUACGCCUAG